AUGCAUCUAGCUGGCAAUCUCAGUGACCUGCUUCUCUCACUCUGGUGUGGGACAAUGGAUUGCAGUACCACUGAUGAUAUAGGUACAUGGGAUUGGGCAGUACUUCGAGAUGAUGAUACAUGGCGUGCGCACAGAGAUGCAGUUGAGAAAGCAGGUCUGUAUCUGCCCGGCUCAUUUCAUCGCAAACCAUGCAAUAUUGCAGAGAAACUCAACACUAGCUACAAAACUUGGGAAUUCCAAGUUUACAUGUUCGGUCUCGCACCAGCACUACUCUAUGGUACCCUCCCUGAAAAGUACUGGACUAAUUACUGCAAGCUCAUACCCGGAUUUCAGCUCAUGUGCCAGCAUCAAAUCACUUCGCAAGAUAUCGCAGAUGCCUACCAACUUCUAUGUACUUGGGAGCAUGAGUUCGAGUUACUGUACUACCAGCUCAAAGAAGAUCGUCUCCAGAUGGUGUGCCCCUGCAUACAUCAAACCUCUCAUCUUGUCUCGGAGACGAUCCAAAAAGGCCCUCCCAUAUGUUAUGCUCAAUGGACAAUGGAGCACACAAUCGGGAAUCUCGGUCAAGAAAUAUGCCAGCCAUCACAGCCUUAUGCAAAUUUGUCGCAAGAGGGAGUACAACGCUGCAGAGUUAACACACUUCUAUCUGCGAUGCCAGAACUCGAUGAUCCUCCAAAAGGACUUCCACCAGGCGCUGUUGAUUUAGGUGAUGGGUAUAUACUGUUGCGCAAACAAGACAGGUACCUGUUAUUCCCUGCAGUCGGAGAUGUUGCAGAAGCCAUACAAGAUUUCCUGGGGCAUGGUCGCAUACUUCCUUGCAUCAAACGUUGGGCGCGGCUACUCUUACCAAAUGGACAGGUAGCAUGCUCUGCCUGGAGGGAGACCCUUAAGUCACUCGAGCAAACUCGCAUGUCACGUAAUGUCAAAUUCAAGCACAAAGGCCAGUAUCGCUUUGGUGAAGUCUUGUACUUCACUAGACUUGCUGUUGAAGCGGACGCUGACCAUGAUGACGAUUGGCAAUUUGCUGAUGUCGCCGUCAUUCGAAUGUACUCUCUACCAGAUGACGAUCUGCUCCGCCUCUCCUCACACACUGUCGCAUCUUGCACUCACCUUGACACCAUUUCUAUUGUCGAUGUCAAACAAAUCAUCAGUGUCGUUGCGAUGGUUCCACACAGGCCAACAUUGCCUUCUGGAGUUACAGAGGAUCGUUUCUUCAUGGUAGAGAAGCCUGGCUUAGAUGUAUCAAACCUUGGAGUUCCUUACGGUCAUGGUGCAGGUGAAGACAAUGAUGACAAUGACAUAGACAAUGAAGGCAUUGAAUAA